CGCAUAAAACAAAAGAAGUAUCUUAGGACUGAGCGAAUCAUUGUUUGUUCUUUUAUUUCUCUCCCACCUUUUUCUUGUGAGAUACAAUCAUUUCUUCCAUCUUCCUUUCCCGCUCUACCGUUUGAUAAAUCGAAAUGACCUCGGCCGAAUUUGGCAGCCCUUUACGAAAGUACAAACUUGUCUUUUUAGGAGAACAGAGUGUGGGAAAAACGUCUUUAAUCACCCGGUUUAUGUACGAUACGUUUGACAGUUCCUACCAAGCAACAAUUGGUAUCGAUUUCUUGUCGAAAACGAUGUAUUUAGAGGAUAAAACUGUUCGAUUACAAUUAUGGGACACAGCUGGCCAAGAGCGAUUCAGAAGCCUGAUUCCAAGUUACAUACGGGAUUCUUCAGUCGCAGUUAUUGUUUAUGAUAUUUCAAAUAAGGAAUCCUUCGUUAAUACGACCAAAUGGAUUGAUGAUGUACGAGCAGAACGAGGAGACGAAGCUAUAGUGGUUUUAGUAGGUAAUAAGACUGAUCUAAACGAAAAAAGAGCUGUUACAACUGCAGAAGGCGAAAAGAAGGCCAAAGACCUGAACGUUAUGUUUAUUGAAACCAGUGCGAAGGCAGGACACAAUGUCAAGAUUUUAUUUAGAAAAGUUGCCCAAGCAUUACCCGGUAUUAACGGAAAUGGCAUGAAUGAAAAGGAGCAGAUGCAUAAAGUUAGCUUAAACAAUUCUGAUAAAAAUGCUAAUGGUUGCGCUUGCUGAAUCAAAUAAAGGUUAAACAUGUUCUAAUUAUUAUCGGCAAUCAUCUUGAUCCUAACGGCGAAGCAUAAACGGGCCGCUAUGGCUGUGUUGACAUCUGAUAUGAUCGAGGAUCCUAAGCUGUCCCCAACCGAUCUCAAUUUAUUGCUGCCGUGCUUCUGACAACAGCUCGUUGGCUAAAAAUUUUGACCCUUUUUAUAGA